AUUUAGAUAUUAUGUGCUAAAGGUGUCCCAUCUUCUCCCACCCUGCAAUGGAUCCACAAUUCUCUUGUAAUCCGACCAGCUAAAAACUCAUUGUGUUUUAGUCGAAAUGUCGCUAUAUUAAGUCAAAUGAAAAACAUGUCUCGAAGUAAAAAAGAACCGGUUGAUCCGCCUGAAGGCGGUUGGGGCUGGUUUAUAGUGGUUGCUGUCUUUAUAUGGUGUGCCCUGACUUAUGGACCUGCGGUUGCUUUUCCCGUUCUUUAUCAAUCUAUUGUUCGAGAGUUUGGUGUCACGUUGGGCCAGGCAACUUGGCUGACUGGAGCGUUCGAGUUCGGGAAAUCUUGUGGCUACCUCACCUUGCCGAUUUUUACAACGAAAUUCGGAGAUCGAAAAACCGCAUUCUGUCUUUCUAUUUUUGGUGCGCUGUCAAUUUGUUUAUCCUCGCUUGCUGGAGCACCGGAGAUUAUUUAUAUUUUCACAGGAUUUGUUCCAGGCUUCGUAACUGGCAACUUAUCCGUUCUCUCCUUCACUGUAAUUCCAAGAUAUUUCGUUAAACGUCGUAUGGUCGCUCUCGGAUUAUCACAGACAGGAUCUGGUUUGGGAACUUUAGCUUUGGCUCCGCUAAUUCAAAUUCUGGUAGAUUUUUAUGGCUGGAGAGGGGCUUUGCUUUUACUCGGCGGGUUAUCUUUAAAUUGUGCUGUGGCUGCUGCUUUGGUUCGGCCUAUUUACUUAAAAAGUGACAUUACUGCCGAUCCCAAAAAGAAAAAUCCGACUGCGGAGGUUCUUUGUCGCGUAGUUAGUAAACCUAAGCUAUGGCUGGCGUCUUUCGUGUUGGUGCUGGUCUACUCUGGGCUUAAGGGGUACCUGUCGUUUGUGAUAUCUUUCGCCACCGACGUUCUUGGAACCGGAGAACUGGAGGCGACGUUCCUUUUAUCUAUUUACAGCUUAGUGACCAUGAUAUCCCGCAUCAUCUUCGGGGUUAUCGGUGACUGGAAAAAAGUUAGCAUCAUAUGGGUCAUCGUAAUCACUGAAUUCAUAGCUGGCCUCAUGAUUGGAGUAGCGUGGUUCAUUAAGGGUUAUGCACUUCUCGCAGUAAAUUGCUCAGUUAUGAGUUUUUUCUCGAGUGUUUCCCAUACUUUCUACGUUCCGGUGGUUGCAGGAAUUGUGGGCGAACGCGAUCUUGAAUGGGGAAUUGGAAUUGUUGGAUUCGUGUCAUCUGUAGUCGGUUCUGGAGCAGUUCCUUUAAUAGGGUUUGUCGUCGAUAGUUCCGGAGACGUGAAAUGGGCGUUUGCAAUUUCUGCCAUAUUUAUGGUAAUUGGUUCACUGCUAAACCUGUUUCUAUUUCCACCCAAACCAGAUGAAACUGCAGUUUAGUCUUCGUAAAAAGGUUUAACUUUUUUAAAAAUCUAAACGGCAAUCUUGAAAUGUCUUCGUAAAUUUUAAUGCCAUUAUUCGGUGUAGAAUUCUUUUAUCCACAAAAUCAAGAGUGUACUUAGUAUUAUAUAGUUUUACUGAGCGUGCAAAUAUGUUUGUCGUCAUAAUGUUCUUAUCUAAAUCACUGUCCUCCUGGCGCUAUUCUGUAUAAUUAAUAGGCAAGCGUUUUCAUUCGUAGUACUCUAUUACUUCUCAAACUUUUUCUAUCUGUAACUAUUGACCGAUACUAUAUGUAAAAGCACAGUAAAACAAUGAUUUUAUUAUUUUAUUCAGUAUUUUCUAAAGUACAAACUUAAGAGUGUUUUUGCCUUGCCAUAGUUUAACCCACAAUUUCAUCCAUAUGAUAUUAAACCUUCUUCUCAG